AUGAAAAACCAACUUGAAUUAGAGGAACAUAAUGAAGAAACCUUCCUGGAUGAUGAUAUAAUUUACAUAUCAGAUAUUAAUGCAGAUGAUUCUUUUGGCCAAGUGUCAGAAUCAUCUACCAGUAAUGUUUUCCAGGUUAAUAAUUCAAGAAAGUGUAAAUUAACUGUUUGGGUACACUUUAAUAGAGAAACUGUUGAAUAUUUUGGGUAA